UUUUGUCUUUCAGCAAGGAAUGCGUUUUAGUGUCGACGUGUUCGGAGAGACCCGAGGAUACAUUUUAGAGGUGUUUGGUGCUCAUUUCGAGCUGCCUGACCUGGGUCCAAUAGGGGCAAAUGGACUGGCAAACCCCAGAGACUUCCAAACCCCCGUGGCUUGGUACGAGGACCGCACUAUAGCCACCGGCUACACCAUUGUCAACAAGUACCAGGGAAAGCUCUUCUCAUGUCAACAGGACUUCUCGCCAUUUAACGUGGUGGCGUGGCACGGAAACUAUGCACCGUACAAAUACAAUCUGGAGAACUUCAUGGUCAUCAACUGUGUGGCGUUUGAUCACGCGGAUCCAUCGAUUUUUACCGUUUUGACAGCCAAGUCCACUCGGCCAGGGGUGGCCAUUGCAGAUUUUGUCAUCUUUCCUCCUCGUUGGGGUGUGGCUGAUCACACCUUUCGGCCUCCUUACUACCAUAGGAACUGCAUGAGUGAGUUUAUGGGCUUGAUCAAAGGCCAUUAUGAAGCCAAAGAAGAGGGGUUCCAGCCUGGAGGAGGAAGUCUUCACAGCAUCAUGACUCCACACGGCCCUGACGUUGACUGCUUCGAGAAGAACAGCACUGCUCUUCUCAAGCCAGAGAGAGUUGCUGAGGGCACCAUGGCUUUCAUGUUCGAGUCUUCCUUCAGCAUGGCUGUGACUAAGUGGGGUUUGGAGACCUGUCAGCGUCUGGAUAAAAACUACUAUAAAUGCUGGGAGGCAUUAAAGAGUCACUUCAAUCCAAACUGGAAACCCAGCAGCAAGUAGAGCCCAUGGUUAAACCUCGACUGAAAUAUCUGAUUCACUCAUAAUGGUUUUAUCUGUGAGAGGUUCAGUUAAUCCCAGAUGUUCUGUGCAUUUAGAAUAAGAACAGCCAUACAAUUAAAUGAAAUUACAAAAA